CGAUGAUUAUAUGUAAUCUAACCUUGAUAUUCUGACAUUUGGGAAUUUGACGGCGGUGUUAUUGUAAAAGAUCACAACAAGAAUUUCUUUGGAGGCGAAGCUCACGUCUGAUCAACUAUAUUAUUUUCCAAGCAUAUAAACACAGGUGCAGCAGCACGCAGUAUUCUUUUAAAUAUUUGAAUCGCUAUGUUACGCGAUCGUGAGAGCAGAUAGUUUUUGGAUUAAUCACUUGCCAUAAAUAUAAUGAUCGCAGAAGCAGAAACAGAGGGCUAUCAGCCAAUGGCAAGUCUGAACGAAGAAAGUUUGUUUAAGCUGCAAUGUUUGAUGAAAGCAACGGAAAUACAACAGAGCGCUCAAUGUGAACAUGGGAAGAAAUUAUUUUUGGCGUUUACAACUGGAAAUGCAGAAAUUUUUUUGUAUUAUAAAAAAGACUCUAUAUCAACUCCAAUAAUUAAAAGGAUUCCUUGGUUUCAAGGAUCUCACAAACAGAUCUCAGCUUUAUGUUUUCAUUCUUUGGGAUCUUGGUUGCUGUGUGCUAGCAUUGAUGGGUCUGUGUACAUAAUUCCUGCUUUGUGUUUGGUCGAAGAGAACUGUGACUUAGAUAAAAGAUGGACCAGCAAUGAUAUAACAUCUUUUCCUUCAAUUAGUUCACAGUCAUCCCAUUCAAAACCUACUGCAAUAGUAUGGUGGCAUGAUACAGCAACACCUGCAGAAAUUGGAAUUAUUGGAACUGAAUAUGGAGAAAUAAUAUUUAUAAAUCUUGAGACUGGUUAUCAAACAAAUGUUACUCAUAUUAAUGGGAAUAUCAUUAGUCUCCAUGUAUGCCGUGAUGAAAGUAAUGACAGCGUAUCUCUUUUGAUAACAAGUCAGUCAAAGCAACAGUGGAGAUUGCUUUUAGAGCAGCAUACCUAUAGUUGUUUGCGUAACUUAGAAAAUGGAGAAUCAUACAAUACAUUACAUACAAAUGACACAAGUUAUGAUAACACAAGAACCUUUGCUGCUACCAGAUCCAGACUGCAAGGACUCAAACAAUUAUCAGUGGAAAAACUUGCUAUACUUAGGCAGAAGUUGAUUGAAACUAAAAAUCAAACUUUAGAUAUCACAAGUAACCGAAAUACUCACAAUACGAUUGUUAACUUUGACUCAUCUACAGAAGUAAAUCAGAAUCAAAUGACUCCUGAACCAAUAUCAAAGGAAACUUUUCUCAUGUCUCAGUGUGAUAGAGAAGGCCAGCAGCUGUACAUGUGUUAUCAUUCUAUCACAAAUCACAUAACAAUACAUGGACCUGAUUUUUCAACUGUACCUUUAUCAGUGCAUAAAGUAUUUGAAUCUUGUAGAAAUGUUUUAUUAACGCAACGUUUCUUCUUUAUCGCUGACGUCAGUCAGCAUGUAAUGUAUGUAAUAUCAGACAGAUUAUCUGAAACACGUACAAACGAUAAUUGUAAAUUUAAUCCAGAGUGCAUUGUUGGUCACUUUUCUUUAGCAAAUAGUAAAGAAGUGAUACUUGCUAUGUAUAGAUCUAUUGAUUUUACAAAUAAAACAAUUCCUCGAGAUACUAGAAACAAAUACACAUUACCAAAAGGAGUAAAAGAUAUUGAAAUUGAAUUACCUCAUAUGGAUACUUGUAUAAUUGUAACAAAUCGUUCUGUAUAUAAAGUUGUUUUGAGAAAGUCAGUGUUAUCAAUUUUUAUGGAAUUAGUACUGAAAGAUAAUGAUCCUGAAAAAGCGAUAAAAUUGGCAAUUGUGUUUGGUAUUAAUGCACAACAGUUAUUAGAGCAAGCUGGUGAUAUUCUUCUGUCAAAUAAACAAUUUUCGCGAGCUGUGGCUUGUUACAAAUUGUCUAAAUGUAGACUAUUGAAGAGCGUAUUAAAAUGUGCAUCUGCUGGUUAUACAGCAGAUUUAUUAAGUUGUCUUACCCACUGUUUGGCAUCUCCAACAAGCAGUAAAUUACCUGUUACAACAAGGAUUCACCUUUCUAAUUUAUGUGUACUUGCUUUCAUUGAGAUGACACUUAGGGUUCCAUCUCAAAAAUCCAGAAUUAUUUAUAAAGAGUUUUUGUAUUUUCUAUCUACAAAUUAUUUCUACGACGAACUGUUAGCGAUUAAUAUUGCCGGACAAACGUGUUUAUGGGAAGUGUUGCAUCAUUUAGCAACACAGAAAUGUCUUUAUGGACAAAUGUUAGAUGUACUCAUGAGGACAAUACAUUCUUUUAGUGCAAGCACCUUUCAACCAUCAUAUGGUUUGUUAAUAUGUGUAAGUGAACCAAGUUUGAUGCAAGCCAUGUUAGUAGAUCCUGAGUUAGCUAGAAGUCACAUGUCCUUUAUUCUUGAUAAUCUUCAAGAAUCUCAAAUUUUUGUACUUCAGAGAUUAGUAACAUUGUAUGAUCCAACGAAUCCAGUGAUAAGACCUAGAGUAGUACACUGCAGGUUACGCCAUAGAACCACUUCGCACAGCUCACAAUCUAGUCAAUGUGAUUCUAUAGAUCUCGUGGAAAAUGAGGAGGCUGACACAUUAGUAGAGGAAAUUAUAGAAACUUUUUUACUCGUUUUACUGACUUUGAUUUAUAAGAAGUCUAUCUUGCAUCAAGAACCAUUUCUCACAUGCAACAUUGAACUGUUAGGACCGAAGAAGGAUCAAAAUAAAAAUAGUUAUAUCGCGGAUUUUAAGAGAAGGUCAUUAUGCUCCGGAUUCUGUCAUGUUGUUCUCAUUAGAAAUGGGAAUGUUUAUACUUGGGGAAGUUCUGUACAAGGGUGUUUAGGAACUGGUCCAUCUCUCUUGAGGUAUGGUACACCUCAAUCAAUAUCCUUCUUUCGAAGUAUGGAACUGGAAGUUUUCAGUGUAUCGUGUGGACACUGUCACACUUUAGCAGUUACUAAUAACGGUGUUUAUGCAUGGGGGUCGAGUCAGUUUGGCCAAUUGGGUUUAGGCAAGAUUCUACAAUCUUCGACUCCAGAAUUAAUCACAGCUUUGGCUCAAGAAGUUAUUGUUGAUGCAGUCGCAGGACAAUAUCAUUCUAUCGCGUUGACUGCUGAUGGCAGAGUCUUCACAUGGGGUUGGGGUGUUCAUGGUCAAUUGGGGCAUGGCACAACCGAUGAAAAAUUGACCCCGACAUUAGUUACAUCGUUACUUGGUGUAGUUAUACGCUGUAUUAGCGCUGGCCACGCGCAUACUUUAGCUCUUUCAACAGAGGGCAUUGUGUAUGCGUUUGGUUGUAAUGUAUUUGGACAGUUAGGGAUAGGAAGUAAUGUUAAAAGUUCAGUGCCAACGAAAGUUUCGUUACCAGAAAAGAUAUCUCUCAUUGCGACUGGAUACUUCCACAAUCUUGCCGUUAGUCAUACAAAUAGAUUGUACAUAUGGGGUGCAAGCCCCCAAGUUCUUCGUCUGCAAGCACAAACGCAAAAAAGGACUCGAAUAUUGGAGCAACGGGACGCCAUUGUAAAGCAGUUUGAAAACAUUGAUGAAUUCGAGAAGACGGAUUCCACAAAUGACACCAGUGAGGAUGUCUUGGAGAGUAAUGCACAAAAGAAAAAUGCACAACAGAAGACUGGAAACAGCACGGACUCUCGUAGAAAACAAUUAGAUAUGUGUUUAAAAAACGUUGAUAUAGGACCACUAGAGGAAAACCAAGCACAUUUGAAACCGUCUGUGGUAGAUACCAGUUUAGUGAGGGGCGAUAUUGUGCAGAUAUCGACGGGUUGUCAUCAUAAUGCUCUCGUAACAAAGGAUGGAUCUCUUUACACAUGGGGUAGAAAUUUAGACGGUCAGAUAGGUAAUGGUACUAAACGAGAGGUACAGAUUCCAACGCCUCUUUGUUACAAUCCUGCUUCCAUCUUUGCGCAAGUACCGCCAAGGCAUAAUGCCUAUGAGAAAAAGGAUGAAGAACAAGAAUUAGUUGAAGGAAACAAUGAUAGAAAUGGGAACAUGAAUGGCGAAAUUAAAUCCUUCCAAGUGGACAGUAAUGAAUUCAAAGAAAAAGAAAGUCCUGUGAUUAAAACCGUUGGUGUAUAUUGCGGAUAUGAUUAUACCGUUGCGAUCCAACCAGGCGGUACUGUAUUGGCUUGGGGUAACAACAGGAGGGCACAAUUAGGUCGUCUGCCUCCAAAAGAUACACGCGAUGCGGAUGAUAAACUUGUGUUAAUUAAGAAGAGAGUAGUGAGGGUCCCUAACACGUCGCACGUUGCUUUAGACAUGCCUAGUCAAGUUCCUAGUAUUCCUACCCCAAUCAUUUCCUAUCAAAGUUACGACUUGCCCUCUCUGGCAGGGAUGGUUCGUCCCUUGAGCGUCAUUGAGAGGUCACCAGGUGAAUCGACGCUCCAUUAUGCAUUAGAAUAUUUUUGUGGCUUGUACGAUUCUACCAGAAUUAUGGAGAAGUGCGUUGAGUUGGGAAAUUAUCAAGCUUGUUCAAAGAUAUCCAUGCUUCAGCAUAACAUUUCUGACGCACUUUCGUACCAAUUAAAAAUAUUGCACACCCUGAGUCAACAAUCUUGCUCGAGAGACAAGCCUUCUCAAAAUACACCUGACAAAGAAGAGCAUAGAUCUGAGGAGAUUUCUGACUCGAAAAGGAAGUCUUUGCCGAAUCGUCACGUCAAAAAGAACACCGAACUCUUUAACAAACAAGUGGAGAAAAAUCUGAUUGAUUCCGUAGAAGACUGCGCCGCUAAAAAUAAGAUGAAAAUACCCGCGAGUAAAUCUCUGAACAGUUUACAGUUGUUGCAGCAAGAAUUAUAUACGUUUGAUUGCCAGGGUGGCUCGGAGGAAUUGUGUAGAGAAAUGAAGUGUGAUAAUGCACCAUUGGGCAUUCUCGAGGAUACAUUUGAUUCCGACGUUAGUUCCGAUUCAGAAGAAUGGAUGGAGAAUAUUAUUUCUCAAGAGGAAGAAGGCGAAGAAGAGAUGGCGGACAGGGAAAACGAGGAAGUGACAGAAUCCACCGGAAAUCAUUCAGCAUCUUCUAGCGUACGUGCAAAGGAAGGUACAGAUCAGGAUCGAACGUGUCAAAAAAAUAGAAUCUACCACGAGAAAAAAAUAACCAAUACCAAGCAAGAUAACGUAACCAACGAAUCUGUGAAAGUCAUUAAGUUCUUCUUGCGUGAAAUGGAGAAUGAAACAGACACAGUGAAGUGUAAAUUAUUACAGAAUAUUUUAGAUUUCUGGAUAGAACACGAUCUGCCGAUGCAUUGUAUAGAGAGUGUUUUCCUGGAUCACAUCGAAUCGAUUUAUUAUCCACUUGGACUGUUAUUAUUUUGUCAAGAAGUAAUGGAAAAGUACUUGGAUACCAAUAAAAAUGACACUGAAGUCAACAAGAAUUAUACAGUAAUUAAUUACUUCUCUUCGAAGUUUUGUCUAGAAGUGUGUUCCUUGUUAUUACAUCACAUUGGCCAAGAUCAACCUGCUCCUGAGUUCAUUAAACUACUGUCUUCUUUAACGGCUGAUCAUUAUGGGCCACCACUUACUGGAUACCCUGGUUCAGGUUCAAAUAAUACGUCGAAGCAAAUGAUAGAAGGUGUUAUAAGUACUCUAUCCUUCGAGACUCAUGACUCUAGGUCGUUUGUGCAUAUUAAGGAUCCGGAUACUGUAUAUAGAUUCCUUGCGACUGAAGAAGAUACAAUGGUAUUUACAUGCGGUCAUCAUUUUCCAAUGACCAUGUAUGACACGGAGUUAAUUCCGACGAUGGAAACAGAGUUGUUAACAUCCGACUCGCUUGUUCUUCCAUGUACAGCUCAGUACUUAGGGAAAAUGUUAUCUCAGACGUCCAAACCGGAAAUACUGUGCCCGCAGUGUAUACCGCGAGCAUUAGGAACGUUGGUGCAGAAGAACAAUAGUUAAGAAGUAUGUACCUGAGAUUUUAUGUAAUGAAGAUUCAUAUACAGAUUUUUCUUAGAUUGAAAGAUUCGAAUUAUACACGUGAGAUGAACGUUUCAAUUAAUUGAAGAUAUACCAAGGCAUAGUUGGUCCAAAUUGAAGCAAUUGAACGCGACGUUUAAGCUCUCUAUGACUUUUAAAUAAUACAUUUUACAUUAUUUAUGAGCAUAGAUGGUUUAUAGGAAAUUAGGUAUUUUUUUAAUUGUUUAACGACUCACAAGUUUCAUAAUCUGUCGGAGAUAUACGCACACUGAAAUUGUACAUAUUCACUGUAGCGACCGACUUCGUGUGUUCAACUGUUUUUGAAAAGCCUUUUGAAUCAUGAAAAUAGACAACGUUAUGUUUUGAUAUUUUCAGAUUGAACCCUUUAAAUAUCACGAAUUAUAAUAAUUGUAAUGAAAUAUAUUACUUUUAAUUGAUAGAUUAAUUCUAGCGAAAUUAGAGGGUAGUUGGAACUAUAUGUAUAUUUUGAAGUAUAAUUAACGUUCAUCAUUCACAUACAACGAUAAAAGUUGAAGUAGAACGGAAUGAAGAUUAUUUACUGUCAGUCAGCGGAGAAGUCUUAAAUUUGCAACAAAGUGUAAACACAAUAAAUUGAAACCAAGCGAAUGCUUUUCAUACAAGGUUUUUAGUCUUUCUAAAAUUCGUUGUCAAUUAUCUUUAACAAUAUAAUGUAAUAUAAUAUUCAUGAUUUAGAAAGGUAAUUAAAAUAUUUUUUAUAACUUCACAUUUUACAGAACAUUGUUAAUCAUUUUAAGUAUUACAUUACGUUGUGCGUAAACAUUUCUGUUUCAUGGAAUAUGUCACAGAUGAAACGUGCAGUUUUAUGACAGACAAACAAUUUUUAAUUCAGUAGUAAGAACAUGAUAUUGAAUCGUGACAUGAAAACGGCUCUAAAGAAAAUGUGUUAUUCGUAUAUGGAGUUUAUAAAUUUAUUUGUUAAUUAACCACAUUAAUUAGUACAUAAACUAUAAUAUACAAUUGUACAGUGGGUAUUAAAUUACUAAUGUAAAAUAGAAAAGAAAUAGGGAAUAGAGUCUAUAAUUGCAAUUAUUAAACGAAAUUGGUGCAAAGUACUAAUGACUGAUGAUAAGUCUAUUGAUCUAGUCUUCAAAGUAUAUGCCAGAAUUGUAUAUUAAUCAAUCGAUCUUAUUAAGGAUCGAAAUGAACAUCUCGGUAACAUAAAUACAUAUUGUGAUUCUACGUGGACUUGUAUCUAAUUUUGAUUAGAGGUUGGAUGUAUCUGUAUAAUAGAGAACUUGCAUCGAAAUUUAAUAUGGCAUAAUAGACACAAACUAUUAUCUUUUAAUAGUGGACUAAAACUAGAAAUCAUAAAUGAACAUGUAGUAUGUUUACGUCAUAGGACUACUCUAAAAAAUUUUGAAUCAUUAAUUUGAACAGAUUUCAAUACUUAAUCGAUGCAAGUAGUGAAAUCAAAUUGUACAAAUAUACAUAGAAAUAUAUAUUGUUAUUAUUGAAACUGUAUGAUUACUACGAACUAAAUGAAGAUGGAAAACGAAACGAUGAAGUUCAUGAUAAAAUUAUACUAGGAAUACAGGUUGUAAUAUCCAGAGAGGCGAAUCAAUUACUAUUAUAAAUCGUAUUAGUCCCAUAUGGACAAGAACUUUUUCAAGUAUUGAAAACCUGUACCUUAAGGACCUAAGUUAUUGUUAUUCGAGUCACCAAUUAAGAAGUUUUAUUUUAAAUCUGUCUUCAUGUAGAUCGUAAUGAUCUUUUUAUUUAAAAAUUACUACUGCCGAGUGUUUAAUUAUCUUCCGUAGUAGGAUGUAAUGUAUUACGUUCAAAAUAUUCAUAUUACUCGUUUUAGGCAAAACAAUUAUUGCAAUCUAUUCCUUUUUUUAAAGAGAAUUUUUAAAUUUUGAAAAAGGGAACAACCGUUCAAGGAAGUGCAAUAUUUUGUAUAGUAAUAACGUUGAGUUACCUCUUGUAACAUUUACUCUACUUAAAUUUAAUAAUACAUUUUAAAGUAGUAGCAAUUUUCCCUCGACACUUGAUGUAUAGGCACAUUAAACAGACGUAAUGGAAUAGACAUUUGACUUUCGUUUAGUAAGUUCAACGGUUUUCGACAAUGUUUCUGAAGUAGAACAGAUUCAAAGAAAUAUAAGAUUUCAUUGUAUAUGUAUACGACCCGCAAUAAUUUUAUAACAUACAAAUGUACAGUUCUAAAUGUCCCUAUAUAUGAAGUCUUUCACUGAGAGUACUUAGAUGAUUGAAGUAUUGAUCAAUAAAUAUGAUUAGCAAAAUUAAUUGU